AUGGGAUUAGCCAAAGCAACAGCCGCGGUUUACCUGCUCGCCUUUUCGGCCCUGGGCGGCGCGGAAGUGACUACGACGAGCGCAGGUACGGGUACGGGUACUUCGACGAAAGCCGCCCACUCCAUAACGACAAACACCACCACGACUUCGCGCACGGUAACGCACACCAGCGCCACCUCUCCCGCAGGCAAAACGAGCACCUCGCCUUCACACGUACCGGGCGUGACCCACAUCCCCGAUUCCCCUAUCCUCCUAUCCAUCGUGCCCUUGCUUAACCCGCAAAGCCGUGAGCGUGACUCUUCCAACGGUAGCUGGAACCCGGAAAGCCUCUUCGUCACCACUUCGACGCCCUUCCUAACCCGCUCCUGCGCCAACGCAUCGCCCUUCAACCUAAUUUCCGGCCGCCUUUCCAACGCCAACGACGGGGCGCAUCUUUCUACGAUCCCGGACGUCGUGUACCAGCCCCUCACCACGACGACGUUCGCGCACGCGAACCCUGGCCGGGCUAUAGACGAGACGUUUAGCGUCGAGGACGGGUACUUGCGCUGGUACGAUGCGCGGUUCUACGGGGGGCGCGCGAGGUAUUGUGUAAGCGGGGAGAAGGAGAUGGUUAAUGUGGUUUUUCAUAUCAACAAGACGUGGCCCGAGGGGUGCGAGGAGGUGGAUGUUAGGGUGUUUAGGGAGAAUGAGUGUAGGGAGGGGAAGGUGGUUGAGGGGGUGAGGAUUGGAGGGGUCGAGGAGGUUGAGACGGGGAGGAUGGGAGGGCAGGCUAGGACGACGGGGACGAGUGUUGCCGCUGGUGUUGAUGCGAGUGCGACGACGGCGCCGGGUGGGUCGGAUGAGCUGUGA